AUACACUCACACACACACACACACACACACACACACAUACACUCACACACACACACACAUACACUCACACUCACACACUCACACACACACGCACACACAUACACUCACACACACACAAACACACGCACACACACACACACACACACAUACACACACACACACACAAACACACGCACACACACACACACACACACAUACACACACACACACACACGCACACACACUCACAGCUUAAAGCCUAAAACACACAUUAUAGCGGUUUUUUGUAUCUAUCUGAUAUAUAAAACUUUAGAAUGUAUAACCUUUAUUAAUAAAUAUUUAGGAUCCUGACAGUAAUCGCGUUAUUUUAUCUUUCUGCUUUCUGGGAAGUUACUUCCGGGAUCCGCGAUGACGUAUGAGGCUCCUCGUGUUCCUAUUGGCUGAGGCCGUGUCCGCUGGAGCUGAUGGGGAGAGAUGCGGCGUUUCAGCGAUUCUGCGGUUUUUGUGGAAAAUAAAGAAUAAAAGCGGAAAGAACUUCAUCAUGUCCAUGACCACGUUUCAGAAGGUGACUGUGGUGUCGUGUGUGUGUGUGUGUGUCGCUCUGCUGCUCCCCAAACUGCUUUUAUCCGGAGGAGGAGGAGGAGGAGGAGGAAGGAGAGAUGCGGCCAGAGCCGAGGGAGCUCGUUUCCCCCCGAUGCUGCAGAGGAAGUCAGUGCCGGCGCCCCCCCGAGGUGCAGGAGGGAACGGCGCUCAUCACCCCGAGGCCAUCGCCAGGGCAAAAGGCGGCACUGCGGCGGCGGGAAAAUCGAACCUGGCGGGACAAAUUAUUCCCGUAUACGGCUUCGGAAUCCUGCUGUACAUCCUGUACAUCAUCUUCAAGAUCACGUCUCGAGGGAAAACGAGUAAAUCCCCCGAGAGCAGAUUUCCUGCAGCGAGAUCAGAGAACAUGAAGAGAAAAAUCACGGAUUUCGAGCUGUCGCAGCUGCAGGAGCGUUUGAAGGAGACGGAGGAGGUGAUGGAGAGAAUCGUAUCAAGAGCUCGAGCUCAGAGCGGAAACACACCAAGAGAGGAGUGUGUGAGUGUGGAUCAGGAGGAGAAGCUGCUGCUGCAGCUCAGAGAGAUCACUCGCGUGAUGCAGGAGGGACGAUUAGUGGACGGGAUUCCGUCUGAGACGGAGACGCUGGACCCGGAGUUCACAGAUGAUCCUGAGGAGAUGCUGAAGCACUGGAGUUCUCACUGCUGCACCGUCCACCAUCAGACGGGUGAGGAGGAGACGGAGCGAGCAGACAGACAGACGGGUGAGGAGGAGACGGAGCGAGCAGACAGACAGACGGAUGAGGAGACAGAGCGAGCAGACAGACAGACGGAUGAGGAGACAGAGCGAGCAGACAGACAGACGGAUGAGGAGGAGACGGAGCGAGCAGACAGACAGACGGAUGAGGAGGAGACGGAGCGAGCAGACAGACAGACGGAUGAGGAGACAGAGCGAGCAGACAGACAGACGGAUGAGGAGGAGACGGAGCGAGCAGACAGACAGACGGAUGAGGAGGAGACGGAGCGAGCAGACAGACAGACGGAUGAGGAGGAGACGGAGCGAGCAGACAGACAGACGGAUGAGGAGGAGACGGAGCGAGCAGACAGACAGACGGAUGAGGAGACAGAGCGAGCAGACAGACAGACGGAUGAGGAGACAGAGCGAGCAGACAGACAGACGGGUGAGGAGGAGACAGAGCGAGCAGACAGACAGACGGAUGAGGAGACAGAGCGAGCAGACAGACAGACGGAUGAGGAGACAGAGAGAGCAGACAGACAGACGGGUGAGGAGGAGACAGAGAGAGCAGACAGACAGACGGGUGAGGAGGAGACAGAGCGAGCAGACAGACAGACGGGUGAGGAGGAGACGGAUGAGGAGACAGAGCGAGCAGACAGACAGACGGAUGAGGAGACAGAGCGAGCAGACAGACAGACGGAUGAGGAGACAGAGCGAGCAGACAGACAGACGGAUGAGGAGACAGAGCGAGCAGACAGACAGACGGAUGAGGAGACAGAGAGAGCAGACAGACAGGUUGACGGCUGUGAGAGGAAAGAGUGCAGCGAGGCAGGAGGUGAUGAAGAGGAGGAGAUGUGUACAGAGAUGAUGAAGCUCUCUGAGGACCAGCGCUGGAACACAUCACCGUCAGGAGGCCGUGAGAUCAGACGCCGGAGCGGCAGAGGAACCACCCGAGGAACUGAAUCCUCCCACUGAUGGCUCCAAAAGACUGCUCCUGAAAUUUUAUUUUAUUUCUGCAUGCUGCUUCACUUUCACCUCAUGUCUUAAAGUCACGUGUCUGAUUUCUGUCCACGUGUUCUUGCAUGGUGAUGAUCUCUCCUGAUCUUGUCUUCCAAAUUUGAUGCAAAGAGAACGAGUAAAGAGGACACGACCGUCAGAAAAUGGUCUAACGACGGUGAACUGAAAGACCCAUAAUUCAUUAUGACUUGUGUCAUGAAAAGGGCGGAGCUUCAUUUAAACUUGAGCAGCCAAUAAGAAUCUUGUAAUAUCACCAUUAGCAUAUUAUUCACAUAAUCAGGAUGAGAAGUUAUGCAGCGAGACAUGUUUAGUAACAAGUCAGCUGUAAAGUGUAAAGUGUAAUGAUGUCACGUUACUGAGAUUGGCUGAUCAGAUGCAGCUUAAGCCCCGCCCCCUCGCUGAAGAACAGUGGACACGGUUCUGUUGUUCUGUGUGCAGUUAAACACGUGACAGUAGGACUGUAAUUCGAUUCGAUUCACGAUUUCAGUUUCAGAAUAUUUUGAACAAAAUUUGAAUGAAGAAAAUUUCAGACUGAAAAGAUUUUUUUUAUUUCUGAAUCGUAAACAAUGCAGUGUGCAUUUCUGUCUGUAUAAAACUAAAUAAAUCAAACGUUACUUCAAACAGGA